UAGGAGUGGCGAGAGGGGGAAAGAGAGGCACGCGGGGGCCCAAAGUCCUUCAGGAGUGAAGCUGGCCGGAGUGAGCUGGCUGGAGUGAGGGGGCGGAGUGCAGGGCUGAGCUGGCGCUGUCACAGUCCCGGCCACUGAAGCAUCUGGGCUGAGCCCUGGGAGGCGGGCGGGACGUGCGGGGGCCGCCGCGGUCGUCAGGCCACCCGGCGCGAUGGGGCCGUGCCCGCAGCCCCGCUGACUUGGCCGGCGGAAGAGGAGGACCGGGCUCGGAGCGGCCCAGUAGGGGGAUGCCCAGAAGCCGUCAGUUUCCUACACCCAACACCUAAGCAGCGGGGGUCCGAGCGCCCCGCGGGUGGCGGCAGGCGGCGCGGGCUGGAGAGCGGCCCAUGUCCGGCGCGGGCGAAGCGCUUGCUCCCGGGCCCGCGGGGCCGCAGCGCGCGGAGGAGGCGGGCGGCGGCCGGCCGGGAGUCCCGGGCCAUGAAAAAUGUAAUAAAGAUGAUACUGAGAGGGAUAUCACCCAGGCUACCAGUAGCCACUUCACAUGUGGACAGAUCCAAGACCAGUCCAUUUGGGGAAAUCCUUCAGAUGGUGAGCUCAUCAGAACCCAACCUCAGCGGCUGCCUCAGCUACAGACUUCAGCACAGGAGCCCAGCGAGGAGGAAACAGGCAAGAUGAAGAACGGAGGCCGAACCAGCACCAGUCUGAGCAAUGGGAAUGGAAUUCACCAUGGGACCAAACAUGCAUCUGCCGAUAAGCGCAAAAUUUCAGCUCCUGUUUCUCAAAAAAUGCAUAGAAAAAUUCAGUCCAGCUUGUCUGUAAGCAAUGACAUCAGUAAGAAGAGUAAAGUAAAUGCUGUCUUUUCCCAAAAGACAGGCUCUUCACCUGAAGACUGUUGUGUCCACUGUAUCCUGGCAUGCUUGUUCUGUGAAUUCCUGACACUCUGCAAUAUUGUCCUGGGACAAGCUUCAUGUGGCAUCUGCACCUCGGAAGCCUGCUGCUGCUGCUGUGGUGACGAGAUGGGGGAUGACUGUAACUGCCCUUGUGACAUGGACUGUGGCAUCAUGGAUGCCUGUUGUGAAUCCUCAGACUGUCUGGAAAUUUGUAUGGAAUGCUGUGGAAUCUGUUUUCCCUCAUAAAUAUUUAUCUUUCAUUUUUGGUAAAACUGGAGAACAUUUUAUAAUUUUUCUUAUAAGGGGAAGAAAAGCAUGUGGCGAGAUCUCAUGGCACAACUCAGUAUUUACACUGUUAACUCGGUAUUUUUAAGUAUCUCUGAAAGCUCUUUUCUCUCAAUCUCUGUGUUCAAUAUGUGAAGUUUUAACUAACUCAUUUUGAAGCUUAUCAGUAGGUUAUAAUAACUGAAAGACAUUUUGACAUACGCACCCUAAAAUUUAAGUGUCUCCAUUCGAUUGAUACUUCUGUUGUUUCUAAUCAUUCUUUGGAGCUCUUUGCUCUAAAUAUAUUACUUCUCAGUAGGUAUUGAAACCAGACCACUUAUUGCUGAUGUUUAUCUAUUAAAGGUUAAAAGUAAGUAUUCUUUGAUUCCAAGUAAGCUUGGGGCAUCAGUCCCACACAGUCAUGGGCACUUUCUGUCUGUCUCUUCUGUGCAAUCUUCUCCACCUUCCAAACUUGUCAGACUGCACCACCACAGAACACCAUCCUGAUCUAAUCCAUAGCAUCAUGCAGCCUAAUAGAGGAGGACAAGGUCUGUAAAGAAUGAGCCAUGCUUUGAGACAUGCUGGCAUUAGGACUGUAAAGGAGAUAAAUAGGCCAUAGGAACAAACAGGAGAGAACUCCUAGGAUAUUGAGUACGGCUAGGAGAGAAUGAGGGGCUGGAGGUGGGGCUUAAGAUGACUGAUUCAUCUUUUAGUGGAAUGAAUUACUUGGAUGUAGAACAGCAUUUAAGGUGGACAGCCUGAGCGGUCUGUGUCCUUCGAGAAAGACUAUGCCUUCAUUUUACUUUCUCUUCAGAUGCAUCAAUACAGCUUUUGUCAAACGAUGGAAAUACUCAUUUUUCUACACAUAAUUUAAAUGUUAUAAAACAUUGAUGAGAACAUAAUACCUUAUUAACAGCUAUAUUUUACACAAAAUGUAGAACACUUUUUAAUACACUUCAUUUAAACUAAUUUUUUUUCAAAUAAAAAAUCCCAGUAUUCUGAUUUUUGUUUAUUCCAAGGCUUUCUUAAAGCUUGAGUGAUUCAGUUCUUGGGGGAAGUGGGGUCUGUUUGAUCUGGUUGGCUUCUCAGUCAUGGUUAUAUUUCAAAAGCAUGGUGAUUCUUGGAUUGUACUUUUCCCUUCAGUCCAGGAGGAGCCCAGAUGUCCAGGACUGUGACCAGAUUUUGUUAUUACAAUUUGUGUUAAAUUAAGCAAAAAAGGCAGGUUAUAAAGAUUCUAAAGUAUAAAGAAGGAAGUCUGUGAUGAGGUUAAUUAUGUAGUGAUCCAGUCAGCGCAGAACAGUAAAUUUUAAUUUUCUUUCUUUCUCUCUCCCUCUCCUCUCCUCUUCUCUUCUGUCUCUCUCUCUCCCUCUCUCUCUCUUCUCUGUCUCUCCCGCUCUCUCUCUCCCUCCAGCCCAUGAGUUUUAUCUCUCCAGAUUUGUAAUGUAUAUUCAUUCAAUAUCAUUCAUUAUAGAUGUCUUGAAAGUGUAUUUGGGUUAGUGUUUUAACUUGAGCAUGUCAUAUUCUUCCUCUGAGAUGAAGCCUAGUCUGUAAUUAAAUAAUUAUUUUAAAGUAUUCUUUUUAAAACAAAUACAAAUAUUUCCAGUGCAAUAUAUAUAUAUACACAUACACUUUAAAAUGCAGUGUUGAAAUGAUGUGUUAGUAUACAAUGAUUUUCUUCCUCUUGUAAAGAAUAAUUGUCAUUUACUACAUCAAAUAUAACCAGAAUCUUAAUAUUUCCAUAUACCCCAAAUUAACUUUUGCUUAUGUCUUAGGAUAUAAGAAGAACAUUUGUUCACAGAUAAGCCGCCUCCUGACCUGGAGUUAUUAGAAUAUUUGAUUUGUUAUCCUGUUAGACUUUUGUACUCAGAGGUUUGUGUGAUGUUUAAGUAUAUUUUGCUAUGAUUGCAAUGAAAAUAUUAGCACAUUGCAAUGUUUCUCUGUAAUAGCAAGCAUCAGUGGAGAUGCCAGAAUUCUGUUUCCAAACGUGUGUGUUUUCUUCAGCUGUCUGUUUCAGCAGUCAUCCCUUUAAGCAUCUUGUAUAAUGCAAAAGAAAAAUAGGCAAAUGUGAAAAUAGUUUCAAUAGAUCUUAGAAUUUCUGUAUGUCAAAUGUUUUUUUUGCAAUCUGUGGCCAUUAAAACUAAAUGCUACACUGUAUGGUUAGAUAUUCGGUCUCCUUUUAAAUGUGGAGUAUUUUCAAACUGGAGAUGGAUUAUCCUGAACAUUCUAAAAUAAAAAAAAAAAAA